UCAAAUAAUUACAAUUAAUUAAUAGUUAAAGAUUCAGAUGUAUAAUGAUGUAUUUUCGUCAAACUUUAUAUUAAUAUCGAGCUUACCAUUACGGAGUUACAAGGAUAUUUUGCUAAAUCCACUUGCUCCUUAGCCGCUCUAAUUUCUUUCUGUCGAAGCUUCUGCUUCUCGGCUUUUUUUCUCUGACCGGUCUUCUUCUUCGGCAUUUUCACUUAUUAAUGAAAUCUGAUCUUAUUGCUGUUGAGAUGUGCAAAUCAUAUGAUCGUAAGAGAGGUUAUGGUUUCGAGUACACGAGACACGAAUAUAAAUGAAGUAUUUGCAAUUUUGGCGGUUUAUAUCGGUUCACUCUGUAGAAUUGACCUGAACAAUUCGUCGAUAAAAUUUUUCGCAAUUUAAGAGACACUUAUAAAGUGCGGAUUAUUUAAUUCGUGAAGAUUUGCUCUUUUAAAGAGCUGUUCUGUCAAAUGGAAGUGACAUAUAAUAAGGAAAACCGCAAAAUAUCUGUGAAAAAUGACAGAAAGCAAAAGUCACCGCAUUCUGUUGAAUCUCUGUUGUUGUUAGAUAACACAUUAUUGUGUAAUAUAGAAUCUGACAGUAGCAUCCUUGCUCCGCAUAAUUACUCCGAAAAUGUCUCAGCAGCACGAGUUUCUAAAGGGAAGCAAAAUGUUAAAAUCAAUGCAAUGGUUGCGUCAAAAGAACUCAACAAAUUACAAAGUGCGUUUUCUCCCAACAUAAAUGAAUGGCAAGAUAAAUCAUUAAUGAAUCAAGUAUUUGCUCAGUUCGAGAAUGAAAGAGAAAUUGUUCCAGGAAAUAGUAAUAUUAGCUUUGAUAUGUUUGAUACAUUUUGUAAAGAAGACACACACACAAACUUUGAUCAAAGCAUAGAGAAAACAUCUUUAUCUGAAGUAAAUAAAAAUAUAUUAUGCCAAGAUAAAGUGACUAAUAUAUCAAAUUUAUGUAUUACAAAUUUUGAUUAUACUUUGGAAGAUAGCUCUUUUAAGGAAAAUGAAAAUAAAGAUGGAUCACCAAUUUUAAAAACCAAAUAUAGAGGUUUAAGUGAAUAUAAUAAACCAAGAAAACAACUCCGUUUAAGGAAUGAAUUAAGAUCAAAAACAGCAAAAAAUGAAAAUUUAAGCAUCACAAAGUAUCCUUUAUUUUAUGACUUACCACAUACUGUGAAAAAAUUGAUUGAAGAAAUUAAGGGCAUUCAUGAAUUAUAUCAAUGGCAAGAUGAAUGUUUAAAGUUAGCUAUUAGAAGUAAAAAGAAUUUAAUUUAUGCUCUACCAACAAGUGGUGGUAAAACUUUAGUUGCGGAGAUAUUAAUGUUCAGGGAAAUUAUAUGUAAUAAGAAAAAUACAAUUUUUAUACUCCCAUAUGUGGCUUUGGUGCAAGAAAAGGUCCAAUCAAUGGCUAUAUUAGCAUUAAAAUUAGGUUUUCUAAUCGAAGAAUAUGCUGGUACAAAAGGGCGUUAUCCACCAAUCAAACGGCGAAGAAAAAAUAGCAUCUACAUUUGUACUAUAGAGAAAGCUUUAGGACUUGUAAAUAGUUUAAUAGAAACAAAACGUUUAGAUGAGAUUGGUAUUAUAGUCAUUGAUGAGUUACAUUUACUUGGGGAGUCUGGAGGAAGAGGUGCUACAUUAGAAGGGCUUCUUACAAAAAUAAUGUUCUUCAGUGAUACAAUACGUUUGAUUGGAAUGAGUGCAACAAUAGGUAAUUUAAAGGAAAUUGCACAGUUUCUCAAUGCGGAUACAUAUUCACAAAAUUUUCGACCAGUUGAAAUAACGGAAUAUGUGAAAUGUGAAAAUGAUACUUGGGUAGUCAAUUUGAGUAAUGAAGAUUUAUUAGUAAAUAUGAGCAAUAACGAUUACAAGUAUUCAGAUGAUAUAGCAAUGCUAGAUCCAGAUAGAAUUGCGGGCUUGGUAAUGGAAGUAAUACCAAAUGAUUCGUGUCUUAUAUUCUGUUCAAGUCGUAAAAACUGCGAAAAUGUGGCUUUAUUAUUAGUUAAAGUUUUACCUAAAAGUUUGAUUAAUUAUAAAAUAGAAAAAAAGAAAACAUUGUUAGAUGCACUUAAGGCUGAAGAAGAUCUAUGUUCUAUUUUGUGCAAAACUGUCAAAUAUGGUAUAGCUUAUCAUCAUUCUGGUCUGACAUCCGAAGAACGUCGCUUGUUAGAGGAUGCCUUUAGAGAAGGUACUCUAUGUGUAAUAUGUUGUACAUCAACUUUAGCAGCUGGUGUCAAUUUGCCAGCAAGAAGGGUAAUACUACGUAGUCCUUAUAUUGGUAAGCAGUUCUUGAAUUUAAGUAGAUAUAAACAAAUGAUUGGCAGGGCUGGUCGUGCUGGUAUGGGAGUUUUAGGAGAAAGUAUACUUAUUUGCAAAAAAUUUGAGAUCAAUAAAGUGAAAGAGCUCUUGAUUUCUCAAAUGGAUGACUCACUAAGUAGUUUACAUAUAGAAAAUGAUAGAGGACUCAACAAUUUGAUUUUAAGUGCAAUACAAUUAAACAUGGCAACAACUAGGUCUGAAUUACAUAAAUUGACAGCUACAACUCUACUUAGUAUUCAACAAAAUAGAAUAGGCGUUAAUGUGAAAGCAAUCACGGACGAAACGAUAACGGCGUUAUUAAAAUGUAGCGUGAUAAAAGUAAAAAGUAAAAGUCGUAAUAAUACCGAUAAUCCUAAUGUAACUGUCGUUAUUCCAUCUCAAGCCAAUGCAUAUGGAAAAAUCGCCAGUCAAAAAAGGAAAAAAAUGAUCACUUUUACAAGCGAAACCGAAUUUCAACUUUGUGAUUUGGGACAUGCUGCAAUGAAAGGACCAAUUGAUUUAAAAACUGCAUACACACUAUAUGAAGAUUUAAAAACAGCUCAAAAGCAUUUAAUCUUAAUUGAUAAUCUUCAUCUCUUAUAUCUUGUUACACCAUAUGACAGUGUAUCUCAAAUCACUCUCAACGGCAGUAUUUAUUAUAAUGUGAUAAUGGAUUUAAAUGAAAAUCAAAUGCAAGUAGCUAGACUUUUGGGGAUAACAGAAGCUACAGCAAAUAAAAUACGUGAUGGUAUAAUGCCUAAGACUGUAGAGAAGAGGGUGGUUCAUAGAUUUUAUGUGACCUUAAUAGUAUAUGAAUUGUGGAAUCAUCAUUCAGUUUAUUUUGUUGCCGAGAAAUAUCAAGUUAAUAGAGGUAUUAUACAAAAUCUUUUAAAUGCAGUCUCAAUGUUUGCAUCUUCUGUUGUAAGAUUUUGUCAGGAACUACCCGAGUUUUGGGCAUUUACUGAGAUGUUGAGUACAUUUAGUAAAAAAUUAUCUUACUGUUGUCCAUCAGAGCUAGAAACAUUGAUGGAACUUCCCUCAGUUAAAAUAGGUAGAGCUCGUCAACUAUACAAGGCUGGCUAUCGAACUUUACAAUCUAUAGCAAAAGCUGAUGCGAAAGAAAUAAAGGAAAAAAUUCCAUAUUUAAGUAAUAGAAUAGUAAAGCAAAUUACUGCUGCAGCAAAACUUUUAAUAUUGCAAAGAGCAGAGGAUUUAAAAGACGAGUGGGAAGACGUACUAGAUGGUAUACAUAUGAGUCAGAUAGAAGUAGAGCUAUUCUAAAAAAUAAUUAAUAAAUUUUUAAAAAUUUUUUCCAAAUAAGAUUUAAAUCUUGUAUAAAAUUAAAUUUUGCGGAUUUGGUGCAAAUAUUUGGAUAAAAAUGAAUGAUUUUUGUUAUCAAAGUUUUGUUGUCAAAGCUCUUUUAUAGAAACAAAUUGGAUCAUAGAUGUAAUUUGAAUUAUGUAUAUAUAAAUUGACAAUAUCGUAUAUAACGAAACAAUUAAUUGAAUAUAUUUAUACAGUUAAGA